AACAAAAAUCCAGGAGGGUCAGCCAACACGAAUCCCUUUAAGUUAUCCAGAACAAAUCCAGACGGAUCAGCCAACACAAAUCCAGACGGGUUACCCAGCACAAAUCCAGAUGGGUCAGCCAAAACAAAUCCAGACGGGUUACUCAACACAAAUCCAGUCAGGUUACCCAGCACAAAUCCAGUCAGGUUACCCAGUACAAAUCCAGUCAGGUUACCCAGCACAAAUCCAGACGGAUCAGCCAACACAAAUCCAGACGGGUUACCCAGCAGAAAUCCAGUCAAG